UGGGCAGAUGCUAGUGGUUCUGGUGUCGGCGUGACGUGAGGCUAAUAGUUCCUGUAUCCGUGGCAGCGGCUGGUUGCAGUUACCGGAGAGAACUUUCCACCUUUAGCCGUCUGGGCCGCAGCGCGACGCCAGGACGGGUCGUCAGCUAAACUGCUCCAGGGCAGGCACCAUGUUGCAUUCAUCUUUACACCCCAGCAUCUAGCAGUGUUGGCAUGUAGUAGGCACUCAAGAAAUGUAUGUUGAAUGAACAAUGCCUGUGACAAGCAAUUGGACUUUAUUCUUUCCUGACCCUUGCUCCUAUGACAUACCUCCUGACUGCCACUGUCACCCCUUCAAAGCAGAACUUCUCUAGGGAGCCUGGAAGGGAAACAGCUAUGGCCAAGGACAUCUUGGGGGAAGCAGGGCUGCACUUUGAUGAGCUGAACAAGCUUCGGGUGUUGGACCCAGAGGUUACCCAGCAGACCAUAGAGCUCAAGGAAGAGUGUAAGGAUUUUGUGGACAAAAUUGGCCAGUUUCAGAAAAUAGUUGGUGGUCUAAUUGAGCUUGUUGAUCAGCUUGCAAAAGAAGCGGAGAAUGAGAAGAUGAAGGCCAUCGGUGCUCGGAACCUCCUCAAAUCCAUAGCAAAGCAGAGGGAAGCCCAACAGCAGCAACUGCAAGCACUGAUAGCAGAGAAGAAAAUGCAGUUAGAAAGGUAUCGAGUUGAAUAUGAAGCUUUGUGUAAAGUAGAAGCAGAACAAAAUGAAUUUAUUGACCAAUUUAUUUUUCAGAAAUGAACUGAAAUUUUCAUUAUUUAUAGCAGGAAGGCAAAAAAAAAAAAAAAACCCAACAACAA